AUGGGGAAGAGGGCUGAACCCCCAGAUGGGGGCUGGGGCUGGCUGAUCGCCCUCUCUGGAUUCCUGGCAAACUCCCUCACUUACGGCGUCUUGCGAUCUCUUGGCGUCCUCUUCGAAGACUUGGUGGAGGCUUUCGAUGCCAGCGCUGCCCAAGUUUCCUGGGCAACGGCCAUUGCCUUGGCGACACAGCAGUUUGCUAGUCCACUUGGCACAGCGGCCAGCGUGCGCUACGGAGCCCGACCGGUGGUGAUGCUGGGCGGAUUGCUGUCCUCUCUGGGCCUGCUCUGGGCUGCCUUCAGCACCACCUUAAUCCAGCUGUACCUCACCCUGGGAUUUCUGACAGGUCUGGGCUGGGCGCUGGCCUUCGCCCCCGUCAUGGGCACCCUCGCCCGCUACUUCUCGUCCCGGCGCUCCGUGGCGAUGGGGCUGGCGCUGACAGGCAACGGCCUCUCCUCCUUCGCCCUCUCCCCACUCCUGAGGCUGCUGGCACAGCACCUGGCCUGGCGAGGGGCCCUGCUCAUCACUUCAGCCCUGGGCCUCCACCUCUUGCUCUGUGGGGCCCUCCUCCGCCCCCUGGCCUUGCGGGGGGACCGGCCUGGUUCGGGUUCUGGGUUCGACUUGGGCCUUUUCACCCAGCGAGGCUUCGGGGCCUUUUCUCUGGGCACCGGCCUCCUGGCAGCCGGCUACUUCACGCCUUACGUUCACCUGGAGCCGUACGGCCGGGCGCUGGGCCUGCACCCCUACGAAGCCGCCUUCGUGGCAUCCCUAGCCGCGCUCUCGGAUGCGCUGGCCCGGCUGCUGGCCGGCUGCCUCGCGGACCGGGGCCUGACCUCGCCGGUGCGCCUCCUGGUGCUCUCCAGCUCCCUGACCGGCUGCAGCCUCCUCUUGUUUCCGCUCGCCUCCUCCUACGUCGGCGCCCUCGUCCUGGCCUUGUUCUAUGGCACCAGCGCAGGCAGCUUUGCCACGGUGGCAUUUGGAGUCCUGCCCACGCUGGUCGGGGUGGCCCGCGUGGUGAACGCCACGGGGCUGUGUCUGAUGGUCAUGAGCAUCGGGGGAUUGCUGGGACCUCCACUGUCCGGCCUCUUGAGGGAUAUCACGGGAGACUUCACGGCCUCGUUCCUAGUUGGCGGAGCCUUCGUCCUCUGUGCCAGCGUGGUCUUCCUCAGCCUGCCUUCUUUCUUUGACGGCUGCCGCGGCUGUCCACAUACUGCAACUCCCGGCGCCCAAGGAGAGCCACAAGUCCUUGGAUCGAUUCCCUUCCUGCCUCCUCAGCCCAUCAACAAUGACUGUUCACAAAUAUGA